AUGCUCUGUCGUCGGGUAUUGCGUGGAGCUCGACCUCUUUUCAAAAAAUCUUUUUCAACCGCGGCUCCAUAUCCAUUUCGCAUACUUCGCGCCUUUCCUUUUGCGUACGACUCCGACGACGCCAUCCGGUAUCUGGCUCCCUACGCGGCAGUAUUGUGCAAAUCAAAGUUCUUCAACUCAGCUAUUGCUCGAUUUCUUCCGUCGCUCGGAUUCGAGCCAAUUUUACCAAAGCGUAUCACUCCAGUAUAUUUCCCAGCUUGGAUCGUCGACGCGGAAUUGAAAGCCACGGUCAACCACCAAAGUAAUGAGCGAACUGGGGUUGUGCAGUUCGAAAACACAUACCUCCCAGGCUCUGACUUCCCAGUGUUGUCGGCGGUGUCGUUGUGGCCACACAUCCUCCGAAUCUUGGACCCCGUUCCUUUCACUGAAGAACUGCUGCACCAGAAUGGAACUGAGGUUACCUGCAUACCCUUCAACGUGUCGCCCUUUACCGUUUUAGAUGCCGCAAAAUCUCUUUCAUACAGUGCAUCAACGGUGAACGAGGACAUUCGCUUUUCUCCCUCUUCCGUAAAGUUCAACAUGGCUGCCGCUUAUCCUGUUCUUAUUCCUUUGUACCUGGCUCAAUACGAGUACCAGGCGGAUGGGGUCACACACACACAUACCCUAUUCACGGAAGCAUACGGAAGCAUGGGAAAUGUUAUGGCUGAACAAAUCGACCGUGAUUCGGCUGAAGGUCAAUAUCAAGAGAGCAUCACUGACCUAGGCGGUUUCAUGGGUACUCCUCGUACACAUGGAAUCGUUCAAACGUUCGGUCCAAUCAGCGAAUGUGUUAACGUACCUUCAGUCUCACUCUCUCCACCACGAGAUAUCGCGAAAGCCCUAGAGAAUUGGUUUGAGAAAACUCUUUUCUCCCCAGGGAACCUAACGCAGCUUGCAACUUUGACGGAGGAAAAGCUCGGCGUUGUCACGGACGACGAUCUACGCAUUCGAGAGUUAACUAAAGAGGAAAGGGCUCCUGUGGUAGGGUGGCUGGAGCUAAGUUCAGAAUUGAUGAUGGUUAAUCGAAUACGCGAAGCGAUUGCCAGAUCCCGGAACGCCAAGAUGAUCCAGCUUUCAUUAACAGAAGCGCCGAAGCUUGUACGAGAUGCCGAUAAAACAUUGGAAAAACAGAUCGAAAGUCUCGCAUCAAAGCGACAAGAAGCGACGCCGUCAUGGUGGACACAAUGGGAAGAGUCGACCGCUGCUAAGGAAGACCGGUAG